AUGUCUCAAGACUUCGACGCGAAGUUGCUCGCCGUGCGCGACGCCAUAUCCAAGCGACCUCCCUUCAUCAGCGGCACGCUCGAUGUACCUGACGUCGACCUCAAGCUCUACUUUGGAGAUCAGCAUGUUUCUGACUGCAUAUACCUCGGUCAAUCGACCGAGGAGAAGCUGGCUUCGUUGGUCGCCACAUGCAAGCCCGCCACGUUUGGCCUCAAUCAGCAGGACGUCCUUGACGAGACUUAUCGCAAGGCCGUCACGCUUGACAACACCAUGUUUGCCUCUCUGCUUAAGCCCGCGGGCUAUGGCUUGAUCAACACGAUCCGCGAUCAGCUUCUGCAAGAGGGCGCGGAGAGCACGAAGCAAAUCGUGCAUGAAGUGUAUAGGCUCAACGUAUACGAGCAAGGCUCGUUCUUCAAGCCGCACAAGGACACACCACGCAGCGAGCGCAUGUUUGGCUCGCUUGUCAUCAUUUUCCCCACGCCCCACGAGGGCGGCGCGCUGAUCCUUCGCGAAGAUGGGAGGGAGUGGACCUUUGACUACGCGGCCGAGCUCGCAAAGUCCUCCAGCAAGAUUGCCUAUAUCGCAUUUUUCGGCGACAUCGAGCACGAGGUCCUCCCCGUCACCUCCGGGCACCGCAUCACCUUAACCUAUAACCUGUACUUCGAGGGCCUUCCGAGUGGUGGCGCGCGACCAGAUGCAUUGCCCGCUAUCCCGCGUAGCGUCGAGGAUCAGGACGCGCGGCUACGUGGGGCAUUGCAGACAUUUUUGCAGGACCCGAAGUUGCUGCCGGAGGGCGGCUACUUGGCUUUUGGCCUGCGCUUUAUGUAUCCACUUCAGCGGGACAAGAAGGCAAAUCUUCAGGACUUGCUGCCGCAUUUGAAGGGCGGGGACGCCAUGGUCGUGCGCGUCUGCCAGUCGCUCGGCAUCGUAGGCAAGUUGAUGCUCGUAUACAAGGAUGACCAGAUUUACGAGGAUAUGCUGGCGCACUACUACAACACUGAUCACUCAUCUGAGGACGAUCGAGAUGACGACACCGACGGCGAGUCCGAGACCUAUUGGAUGGACUAUUAUAGGCCUCGUGAGGCCCAUGUGUGUGUCGCGGUGAACCAUUUCACCAAGAUCGAUGCGGUGGAGGACACCACUUUUUCUCGAGAACUCGUCGACAACGAGGGUGGUGAGCGUAUACGUUCAAUGGGGUCGAAGCCCCUGACACGGGAGUACUGGUCCCGGGUGGGAAGGCCGGCGCCAGUCAUUCCUUCGACGGAAGCCUUCUGGGUUACCCAGCUCGCCUCGCUCAACAGCGUCAAGCAGACCUAUAUGGCUUAUGGCAAUCAGUCUGACAUGAGGCACACGUACGGUUACCUGGCGUACUUCGUGAAGGUUGAUCGCGAUGCGCAAGGGGAUUCCACUGCUUGA